UCCUUCGCCCGUAUCUCGUAUCUCCCUUUUGUUUCUCAGUCGGUGUGACGAAUGCGUAAUUCGUCACCAGAGUACGCUGAUUUCUGCGCAAGGAACCGCGAAAUUGCGAAUUCCAUACUAUAUAUAGCAUUUAUACUAAUUGGCGUAGCAAAUAUAAGUAUUGAGUCAAUUGAGUAUUGAAAAAUAAAAAUAACGGAAAAUGAUCGUUCGUUUUUUGUAUCAGUAUUUACACAGUGAUAAAAUUCCAACCUCAAAAGAGCAUUGACUGUUGGACUUCGGAGCUCGAUACAUAUUUUGGACUUUUUAAUGUUUGGAAAUCAUAGAAUUUAACCUAUAAGAGACACUCGGAAGCUUCUCAAUUUCGUUCAGUAGUACUUUUUUCGGGUUCUAUUUUCGUUGAAGAAAAUCGAUUAGACGUAUAAACGAAUGAUAAUUGUAAGAAGAUGCCUGGAGGUCGGAGAAAUCCUGGUGGACGUGGUGGUCCUGGCGGACGAAUGCAAUUUAACGUGUGUCCCACUUCUCAAUCAAGCAAUACGGUUACAAAUGUCAACCCCAACAGUUUAAUCGACGAAAAAAGACUCUGUGAAUCUAUCGGAGGUCGACCGCUGGCUCCUAAACAUGUUCCAAUCCCAGCUGUCCCUGUUGACGGUCAACUCAUGUUUGAAGCACUUUCUUUAGGAAUUUCCAUCGUAGCAGCCUGUCUCCAGCUUCUUAAUCUCUAUAGAACCGUUUGGUGGUUGCCACAAUCGUAUAACGAGUAUAGUCUGAAUUUCUAUUUGAUAGAUCCAUAUCUUUUGGUUUUUAUUGUCACAAUGGUGGCAAGAAGAUUCAUUUAUGCAUUGCUAAGAAGAUUCAUAGAUGCUGUUUCACCAGCAAGAUGGUUACCGGCAGCUCAGAGAAUGAUGAGGAUCGUUCUACUGGUACUGGUAGUCUCCGUACUCUUGUGGUGCCUGUAUUACAUGAGCGAGAGACACAAUUCCAUGAAAGUCUUUUAUCUGUGUUAUCCCAUAUCUGUCUAUUUCCUAAUGUUUGGUGUGAGUAUUGGACCAUUCUUCGAUAUUUCCACUGCUCCGCUCUAUGUGAAAGAAGAUCGGAAGACCAAGUUUUUACUCGAUAAACCACUGCACAAUUGUUCUCUAAGUGCCCCUGCCAUUAGAGCCGAAGUAUCUAGUCUCAGAUCGGAUUUUAAUCGUCGUCUGAAACGAGCCCUCUUUGCGUCGUCUGGAAGCGCGUACGUCUGUGGUAUUGCACCAGUUAUAUUUGUACCUCCGCAUCUACACUUCAAUAUUACAUGGGUCGUACAGCAUAUUGUGCUAUUCUGGCUGGGCCGUUUGAGUGCACAUUUUGCACAGGCAUAUCCAGUGAGAUAUUGUGACGUUUUGCAUAGAGCAGCCUUACAUUUGGGCCGAUGGUCUAAGGUCGAAGGGCGCAAUGUUCAUAUUCCGAUUCAAGUGUGGAACGAUGCGGUAUUAUGGCCUCAUGGAUCCCUCGUUAAGCACAACAAGGAGUUGUACCGUUCCGAAGGACUUUGUACAGCCGCUGAACCCGGAAACUCAAGUCAUUAUAGGUUUCAUGCUUUAUUCAGUAGUCCAACAAUGUUAUUGUGUUCCUUGCUGGGUCUCCAAUUAUUGCUCGUUGCUGUACAGCUGGUAAUACUUGUGCGAACUGUUGAAUGGUACCAGGUAUUAUCGAUGGCGUUACUUUUGGUAACGAAUUAUUAUACUCUCUUCAAACUCGCUAGAGAUUAUCUUGUAUGUUGGAAAGUGUACAGAGCCGAACAAAUAGUACAAGAACGUACGCAAGCUGCCAUAACAACUGUAACUCAAUAAUCCUUCGAGUCAUUUAAUUUUAAGAACUAACCUUAAGGAUUUUUUGUGAUUACAGUGUUUUUCUUGUUUUUUUAUUUAAUAAAUAAAUGAUAAUUUA